CCAAGGGCCAAGAGCGCCUUAUCCCUCCCACACUCGCGUCUCGCGCGCACGCACGCUCGUCUGGCGCCAUGUCGUCGUCCUCUGCAGCUCACACCUUCUCCCCGGCGCCGCCGGCCCUCCCCGUCCCGCAGCGCGUGCGCCCGGCGAGGUGCUCGGGAUUCGUGGGGCCGGCGGUGGAGUCGGCCAGCCCCGGGGCGAGGGCCGUGACCCUCAGCAGCAGCCGCGGCGGGGCCGACUCGUCCCUGCCCAUAUGCCGGGUGCUCAACGGGAUGUGGCAGACCAGCGGCGGCUGGGGCCGCAUCGACCGCGCCGACGCCGUCGACGCCAUGCUCGCCUACGCCGACAGCGGGCUGUCCACCUUCGACAUGGCCGACCACUAUGGACCGGCGGAGGAUCUGUACGGCAUGUUCAUCAACAGGGUUCGGCGCGAGCGCCCAGCCGAGAUGCUCGAAGAAGUCAAGGGGCUCACAAAGUGGGUGCCGCCACCGGUUAAGAUGACGAGAAGCUAUGUCGAGGAGAACAUUAACAGGUCUCGGAAGAGGAUGGACGUCGCUGCACUGGACAUGUUGCAGUUCCACUGGUGGGACUACUCAAAUCCUGGAUACCUAGAUGCACUGAAGCACAUGACAGACCUAAAAGAGGAAGGCAAGAUAAAGACUGUAGCUCUGACAAACUUCGAUACGGAGAGGCUGCAAAUAAUUCUCGAAAAUGGCAUACCGAUUGUUAGCAACCAGGUUCAACAUUCCAUCGUAGAUAUGCGCCCGCAGAAAAAAAUGGCAGAGCUUUGCCAGCUUACCGGAGUCAAGCUCAUAACGUACGGCACGGUGAUGGGCGGCCUUCUGUCCGAGAAGUUCCUCGACACCAAUGUGUCGAUCCCUUUCGCUGGACCCCCUCUGAACACCCCAUCCUUGCAGAAGUAUAAGAGGAUGGUUGAUGCUUGGGGCGGCUGGAGCCUGUUUCAGGCUUUGCUUCAGACCUUAAAGAAGGUGUCGCUGAAACACGGCGUCCCUAUCUCGACUGUCGCUGUCAGAUACAUUCUGAACCAGACAUCCGUGGCGGGCUCAAUGGUGGGCGUGAGGCUGGGCCUUUCGGAGCACAUCCGGGACACCAACGCCAUACUGUCGCUUGAGCUGGACGAGGAGGACAUGGGUAGCAUCGCUGAGGCGUCGAGUCGGGGCCGGAACCUGAUGGACAUCAUCGGCGACUGCGGCGACGAGUACAGAUCCUAGUGACAGAUGGCUGGGGAUUCGGAUGAGAUCCCCAACAUGUGUUGUAGCUUCUUCUACCCCACGAUGAUACUGUAACCAAAAAAAUGGAAAAGUUUUUUGACGACUAAAUCAUGGAAAAGUUUCAGAGGCAUGGAGACAGGCAGACAUGAAGGAUCAUGUGCUACCGAAAGGGCCGAGGGAUGUGGAGGGAUCGCCCUCGCAAGGAAGCAUAUCUCGUUCUCGGAGACCGGUCAGGAUAAUGUAUUUUAAUUUUGUGGAGAACGUGUAAAGUAGUUGGCAUAGAAUUGUCUGUUAGGCCACUGCCCGAGAGAAUACAUUGGCUCUGGACAAGUGUGUGGCUCUUAGAGCAAGUAUAAUAAGUCCUAGUCAGCUGGCUAUAAGGGUUAAAAUAAUAUAUUCAUGCUUAGUUGGA